CGGUCCCCAUGGUAACGGCCGGGCGAGCGGCCGGGCCCCUGGGGGAAGAUGCGGCCUGCCGGGCCCGCCGCCUCACCCCCGGCCUCCAGGCCCGGCCGGGGUCACUGAGGAGUGGGGGCCCGGCCGGCAGCCUGCCUGGCAGCGGGCACCAGUGAAAUCCAACUCUCUGGCUGGAGACGCAGAUGGCCUCAAAUGAGAGAGAUGCUAUAUCGUGGUAUCAGAAGAAGAUUGGAGCAUAUGAUCAGCAGAUAUGGGAAAAGUCAAUCGAACAGACUCAGAUUAAGGGUUUCAAAAACAAACCAAAAAAAAUGGGCCACAUAAAGCCAGACUUGAUUGAUGUUGACUUAAUCAGAGGCUCAACAUUUGCUAAAGCCAAGCCUGAGAUUCCAUGGACAUCUCUCACUCGUAAGGGGCUUGUUCGAGUGGUGUUUUUCCCGAUGUUCAGCAGUUGGUGGAUUCAGGUUACCUCUCUCAGAAUCUUUGUUUGGUUGCUGCUGCUUUACCUCAUGCAAGUCACAGCUAUCGUGUUAUAUCUCAUGAUGCCUAUUGUGAACGUGAGCGAAGUGCUUGGACCGUUGUGCCUUAUGCUGCUCAUGGGAACUGUCCACUGUCAGAUUGUGUCGACUCAGAUAACAAAGCCAUCAGGAAACAAUGGAAAUCGGAGAAGAAGAAAAUUACGAAAAACUGUAAAUGGUGAUGGGAGUCGAGACAAUGGGAAUAACUCCUCCGACAAAGUCAGAGCCGUGGAAACCCUGGAGUCCGCGCCCAGUGGCGGUGGUCUCUGGGGCGCGCUCUUCGGCAACAGGAUUAAGAGGGUGAAAUUAGUAUCUAACAAAGGGACUGAAACUGACCAUGACUCAGGCUGUUUCCAUCCUAUCAUUAAGAAGAGACAGGACCGACCAGAGAUCAGAAUGUGGCAAGCAAGAGAGAAAGCCAAGGCUUCGGAUGGAGAAAAGUGCCAUAGGGAGGCUUACAGGCGCUUGGGUAACGGAGUUUCAGAUGAUCUCUCAAGUGAGGAGGAUGGUGAAGCACGGACACAGAUGAUACUGUUGCGUAGGAGUGUGGAAGGGGCAUCCAGUGACAAUGGCUGUGAAGUCAAGAACAGAAAGUCAAUCCUGUCAAGGCACCUGAACUCUCAGGUAAAGAAAACCACGACAAGGUGGUGCCAUAUAGUCCGGGAUUCAGAUAGUCUGGCUGAGUCAGAGUUUGAAUCGGCGGCCUUCAGCCAGGGUUCUAGAUCUGGUGUGAGCGGUGGCUCUCGGAGCCUUAACUUGUCAAGAAGAGAUUCAGAGAGCACCCGCCAUGACUCAGAGACCGAGGAUAUGUUAUGGGAUGACCUUCUCCAUGGCCCAGAGUGCAGGUCAUCUGUCACCAGUGACAGUGAGGGCACUCAUGUAAAUACCCUUCAUUCAGGAACCAAACGUGACCCCAAAGAAGACGUUUUUCAGCAGAACCAUUUAUUCUGGCUUCAGAAUUCAAGUCCUGCCUCUGAGCGAGUUAGUGCAAUAAUCUGGGAAGGAAAUGAGUGUAAAAAGAUGGACAUGUCUGUGUUGGAGAUAAGCGGCAUCAUCAUGAGCAGGGUCAAUGCGUACCAGCAAGGAGCUGGCUAUCAGAUGCUGGGGAAUGCCGUUACCAUUGGCUUAGCAUUUUUCCCAUUUUUAUAUCGACUUUUCCGAGAGAAGAGCUUUGACCAACUAAAGUCCAUCUCAGCAGAGGAGGUCCUGACCCUCUUCUGUGGUGCGCCACCUGUCACACCUGUUGUUAUUUUGUCUAUAAUUAAUUUUUUUGAAAGAUUGUGUCUUACUUGGAUGUUUUUUUUCAUGAUGUGUGUCGCAGAGAGAACAUAUAAGCAGAGAUUUUUAUUUGCAAAACUCUUCAGCCAUAUUACUUCUGCCAGGAAAGCCAGGAAAUAUGAAAUACCUCAUUUCAGACUUAAAAAGGUGGAGAACAUUAAAAUAUGGUUAUCGCUGCGCUCCUAUCUAAAGCGGCGGGGUCCACAGCGGUCAGUGGAUGUGGUUGUGUCAUCCAUCUUCUUACUGACACUUUCAAUUGCUUUCAUUUGUUGUGCACAGGUUCUCCAAGGUCACAAGACAUUUCUGAAUGAUGCUUACAACUGGGAGUUCUUGAUCUGGGAAACAGCAUUGUUGCUUUUCUUGCUUCGUCUGGCCUCUUUAGGGUCAGAAACCAAUAAGAAAUAUAGUAAUGUUUCUAUCCUGCUCACUGAACAGAUUAAUUUGUAUCUUAAAAUGGAAAAAAAGCCAAACAAGAAAGAACAGCUCACUCUAGUGAACAAUGUAUUGAAGUUGUCCACCAAGUUGUUAAAGGAGCUGGACACACCGUUUAGACUCUACGGGCUGACCAUGAACCCCCUGAUCUACAACAUCACCAGAGUGGUCAUCCUCUCGGCCGUCUCGGGGGUUAUAAGCGAUCUUCUGGGAUUCAACAUAAGACUGUGGAAGAUUAAAUCCUAAGCUGAGACCUGUGCCUGGACUCUUCUGGCUGGUGUCACUGCUCACCCACUGAGGACAAAGAUGGAUCACAGAAACCAGUGACCCCACCUGCAGGCUCACAUGCAAAAGCCUCUCUACUCAGCCCAGCCUAACAAACAGUUUCCAGAGGGGCGCAUCCUCUCCCUGGGCAUGCUUGCUAUAAACCUGCACUUUCAUGGCUCUCAAGCAAUGUGAACAGCCAGCAAGCUAAAGCUUGCCUGAGAGACUCGGGGCCGUUCCCUGUAGGGACAUCUCUCCUGGAGCCUCCAGUACUGUGGUAGUUAUAUUUACUGGAAAUAGUCUUUUGGGCAGCCGUGGUAGAUGCCCAAAGCAUGAAGCAACUAUCUUUUAUUGGAAAUAUGCAAAUUUGGUACUUUUCUAUUAUAGUCUAUGGAUUGGGGAUUUCUCUAGCUAAGAGAGAGGAACCCAAUUUUAGGUUGAACCCAAAUAAAAGAACUUUACUGGAGAAUUUUGGUUUCUAGGCUUUUUUCUUUGCAGGG